AAAAACCAAAGGCGGGUAAAGGGAGAAGAGAAGGAAAGUACAAUUAGCGGUGAAGACGACUUACAGUUACAGUUACAUUUCUUCUGGUCUCUACCUUCGCUUACAGUCACAGUUAUGGAUUUGGAUAUGGACCCUGAUGAUAUUUUCAGAGACGAUGAAGACGACUUCGACAAUGAUCUCUAUAAGCAAAGAGAGGCAACCAAAGAAUUUGUGGUGUACCUGGUUGAUGCUUCCCCAAAAAUGUUCAACACUACUUCUCCAGACGUGGAUAACACGGAUGAAAAUCAUUUCCAUAUUGCUCACAGUUGCAUCUCACAGUCAUUGAAAACACAAAUCAUCAAUAGUUCAUAUGAUGAAGUUGCUAUAUGCUUCUUUAAUACAAGGGAAAAGAAGAAUUUGCAGGACUUAAAUGGUGUCUUUGUUUUUAAUGUUGCUGAUCGAGAUUAUUUAGACAGGCCAACUGCAAGGCUAAUAAAAGAGUUUGAUCUUAUAGAGGAGUCAUUUAUGAAAGACAUUGGGAGUCGGUAUGGUAUUGUCUCUGGGUCUCGAGACAAUUCUCUUUACAAUGCAAUAUGGGUAGCGCAGGCAUUGUUGCGCAAAGGGUCUGCGAAGACAGCUGAUAAGCGGAUACUUUUGUUCACCAAUGAAGAUGAUCCUUUUGGAGGUUUAAAGGGGGCUGUGAAGAUAGAUAUGGUCAAUACGACAUUGCAGCGGGCUAAAGAUGCGCAAGAUCUUGGCAUCUCAAUUGAAGUUCUACCCCUGGGACGGCCUGAGGAGGAAUUCAACAUUUCUUUGUUCUAUGCUGACUUAAUUGGACUGGAAGGUGAUGAGCUAGCUCAAUUUAUGCCUUCGGCAGGAGAAAGAUUGGAGGAUAUGAAAGAUCAGCUUAGAAAGCGUUUAUUUAAAAAGCGCAUAGUUAGAAAAAUUAAUUUUGCGAUUGCCAACGGUUUGUCCAUUGAACUAAACACAUAUGCUUUGAUUCGUCCCACUACUCCUGGGGCAAUUACAUGGUUGGAUUCUGUCACCAACCAUCCUUUGAAGACUGAAAGAUCUUUCAUCUGUGCGGACACUGGGGCAUUGCUUCAGAACUCUACUAAACUCUUUUAUCCUUACAAAAAUGAAAGUAUCAAGCUUUCUGUGGAAGAGCUAUCAGAGAUAAAAAGGACAUCGAUUAGAAAUCUUCGUUUGCUUGGAUUCAAGUCAUUAAGUUGCUUGAAGGAUUACCACAACUUAAGGCCAUCAACAUUUCUUUUCCCGAGUGAAGAGGACGUAAUUGGUAGCACGUGCAUUUUUAUUGCAUUGCACAGAUCCAUGUUGCGGCUUAAGCGUUUUGCUGUUGCAUUUUAUGGCCUUCCAACUCGUCCUCAAUUAGUUGCUCUUGUUGCUCAGGUGUGUAAGUUGCUUCAAUAUAUUUCGCUUCUUAAUGUUCCAAGUAUUAAAUUCAGCUAUGAAGAAAUAACUAAGGCUGGCGGUCAAGUUGAGCCCCCAGGCAUGCACAUGAUAUAUCUCCCAUAUUCUGAUGAUAUCAGAGACAAUGAAGAGCUUCAUUCAACUUCAGGUGUUGCUGCACCAUGUGCAACUGACGAGCAAGUCAGAAAGGCUGCUUCUUUAAUGAAACGUAUAGAUUUGAAAGAUUUUUCAGUAUGCCAAUUUGCUAACCCUGCUUUGCAGAGACAUUAUGCGGUUUUGCAGACUCUAGCUUUGGACGAAGAUGAGAUGCCAGACAUCAAGGAUGAAACAGUGCCAGAUGAGGAAGGCAUGUCUAGACCAGGCGUGGUUAAUGCUUUGGAAGAAUUUAAGCUUUCCAUAUAUGGGGACACUUAUGAUGAGGAAACCGAAAAUGCUGGAGACAAAAAGGAGAGUGAAGCCUCCAAAAAGAGAAAAGCUACUUCCGAAAUUGCAGUUCAAGAGUAUGCAAAAUAUGAUUGGGGGGAUCUAGCAGACAAUGGAAAGUUGAAGGAUUUGACUGCAGCAGAGUUAAAGUACUAUCUGACAGCAAACAACAUUCCUGUUGCUGGAAAGAAGGAGGCUCUGAUCAGUAGGAUAUUGACUCAUAUGGGGAAAUAGGCAAAGUUAAUAUGUUUUCUCAUAUAUACCAGUAAUGAUCUGUGACACAAGCUGUUUACCAGGGGUCUCUUUGUAUGUGUAUUUGACUGUUUGUUGACACUUGCAUUGGAGAAGUGUUCAUGUAUAGACUUGUUUAUGAUCUUCCCCUUUAAUAGAACAAUAUAGCGAACUAGAUGCAAAUAUAAAUUCCUCUAUAUUUGUGAGAUGAACUGAAAGAUAAUUGGACAAACUUAUCUUUUCAGUUUUCA